UCCACCACUACAUCACAGCACACUUCAAAAGUAUCGAGAGUCGAACCACGUACCGGGACCGCGGGUGUCCCCGAAACCGUACUUUUCCAGGCGAAUCCGUUCAAUCCGUUUCGCAAUACCUUGUGUCGGUAGUUUCGUUUCGCGUAUCGUUUGUCCCUGCGGUCCGUUUUUCCGAACCCAUACGGUCUGCUGACACCGUCUCAGCACUCAGAUCACAGUUCGCGUGUGUGCGUGCGUGUGCAUUUGUGUGUGGUUCUUGUUGACGUUGUAUCGUGCCUUUUGGUUUCGGUGCACCCAGUGUCAAUAGAGAAAGGUCGGAGGAAAACGGUACCCCGAAAAGUACGAUACGGUGAAAAAAUACGGUGUUUUUCGGGAUAUACGGUGGAAAAGCAGGAGUCGCCGAAAAAUAUCAUGACUCAUCAAGGCUGAUUUCGUUGAUUUGCAAGUCGACGUUCGGUCGGUGUUUACGUGUGUGUCUGUGUGUGUUUCCCGUUUUUGGUGGAAAAGGUUGGCUGCAGAUAGGGGGGCCGUAUCGCGAGAAAUUCGUUCCUACGUUUCUUAUCAUAUCGCAACCGAGUCGUACGCAGUAGCCCACAAAGAGAGGGGUUAGAGUCGGGUACCGAAUGCAGUGAGAAGGCCGUUCGGUUGUUACCUUGUGCGUUCACACAACAUCUAAACAUACAUACACGCGCGCACACACACAGACGAACGGGCGCGCGCGCACCGUAGUGGACGGCUGCGGCAUUUUGGCUGGAAAAUUUACACACCACACGUAACAGUGACGGUAUUUUGUCGUUCCGGUGGCAGCUGCGGCAACACCAUCAAAAAUCAAGCACCAACACGCACACGGACGCCCCGCCCCCCUCUCCCCGCCCGACACGCGCGCGUACGCCUGGUGAUAUUUGGCCGUGUCGUCAACGGCAAGUCAUAAAAAGCUGCCAGACGGCAGCCAGACGUUGGCGCCCGCGCGGAAGAAACGAAGGGCCGAUAUAUCUAAAUAAAUCUCGUGUGCGUGUGUGUGUGUGUGCUGUGUUUGCACCUCGUACCAGACCGCACCAAGGCACCAACGGAAGGCAUUGCAUUUUUUCCGCCACGGCGUGUGUGAGUGAGUGAGUGAGUGUGCUGCACCACCUAUCCACAUCCAUCCAUCCGUUCGGCCAUCGUACGUCCUUCACCGUAUCGGGUUCGCCGUCUCCAAAGGUGCCGUCUGCCAACCGCACGAGAACGUUCCGUACGGUGACAUUUCACAUUAAUAUCUCGUUGCACUGAUUCGUGUCCCGCCUGCACUAGAUGGCGACGACGACGACAACAACCGGUGCGGGAGGUGGAGUCGGUGGCGGAACAGGUGGCAGCAGCAGUGCGCUCGGUGCGAUGGCGGCCGCGGUCACGUCCGUCGCCACCGCAGCGAGUCCAUCGACGUCCGCGUCCUCGGCGAACCUGGCACCGCCACCACAGCCGGUCACACCGUGGCCGAACAGUCGUGACGAUUACGAGCUGAACGACGUGAUCGGUGUCGGUGCGACGGCCGUCGUACACAAUGCCUACUGCCUGCCGCGCAAGGAAAAGUGCGCCAUCAAGCGCAUCAACCUGGAGAAGUGGAACACGUCGAUGGACGAGCUGCUGAAGGAGAUACAGGCGAUGAGCAGCUGCAAUCACGAGAACGUCGUCACGUACCACACGAGCUUCGUGGUGAAGGAGGAGCUGUGGUUGAUACUGCGGCUGCUCGAAGGCGGCAGCCUGCUGGACAUCAUCAAGCAUCGGAUGCGCACGGUUAACUGCCGGCACGGCGUGUUCGACGAGUCGACGAUCGCGACCGUACUGAAGGAGGUGCUGAAGGGGCUGGAGUAUUUCCACAGCAAUGGUCAAAUCCAUCGGGACAUUAAGGCGGGUAACAUACUGCUCGGCGACGACGGUACGGUACAGAUUGCCGAUUUCGGUGUGAGCGCCUGGCUCGCGACCGGUGGCGAUCUUUCGCGACAGAAGGUCCGGCACACGUUCGUCGGUACACCGUGCUGGAUGGCACCGGAGGUGAUGGAGCAGGACCACGGGUACGAUUUCAAGGCCGACAUCUGGUCGUUCGGUAUUACGGCAAUCGAGAUGGCAACGGGGACGGCGCCGUACCACAAGUACCCGCCGAUGAAGGUGUUGAUGCUGACGCUACAGAACGAUCCGCCCACGAUCGAUACCGGGGCGGACGAGAAGGACCAGUACAAAGCGUACGGCAAGACGUUUCGCAAGCUGAUCGGCGAAUGUUUGCAGAAGGAACCGUCGAAGCGUCCGACCGCGAGCGAGCUGUUGAAGCAUCCGUUCUUUAAGAAGGCGAAAGAUCGGAAGUACCUGACGCAGACACUGCUCGCGACCGGUCCAUCGAUGGAGACGCGUGUACAUAAGGCGGCCAAGCGGCAGGCCGGCGCAUCGGGCCGAUUGCACCGUUCGAUGACCGGCGAAUGGGUGUGGUCAUCGGAGGAGGAGGACAACGCCAAGAACGAAUCGGACGACUCGGAAACGGAGGAGCGACCGAUGAACCGGCUGGAGCGUAUGGAUUCUUCAUCCUCCGAAACGGAAGACACAUCCGAACGGUCGGGCGUCACCGUGACCGGCUCAACGCAGUCAACCGAUCCGAAAACGAUCGAAGCAUCUGCCGCCCUGGGCGCCAUGUCGAUCGGUUCCGACACGAUGGUACCGGUCAAUCUGGUGCUGCGGAUGCGGAACGCGAACCGCGAACUGAACGACAUCCAGUUCGAGUUCGUCGUCGGCAAGGAUUCGGCGGAGGACAUCGCGGCCGAACUGGUCGGCGCCGGCUUACUGGACGAGCUGGACGUCGCGAUCAUGUCGGCGAAUCUGCAGAAGCUGAUCGAAAACCGGGGCGCGCUCAAGACGGUCACGUUUCAGCUGCGGUCCGGCUGUGCGCCGGGCGAACAGCUCGACGAGAAAUCGCUCGUCGGCUAUGCGCAGAUUUCGAUCAAAUGAUGGGCCGACGAUCAUGUCUCCAAUUAACGCGGCUUGCGGCACGUUUUUCCGCACUUCCCUCCUUCCUUACCCCACCCGAAAAAAACCCACACACACACUCUCGUUCUUUCCCCUACUGUCGUUUCUAUUCGCAAAAUACGUAGAUUUCGUCGCCCAUCUAGAAGUGGUAGGGAAAGUGUUGUUAAACUUAAAGUUUGAAAACCAACGUGAGCGGGUGGUUGUUCCGCCGCCCUCCGCCGGCUAGGCUAGAUGAGAACAGAAGAAAAAAACAAAAACAAAAAUGGUUACGCGUUAAGGGAUUCAGCUUUUAGACUUCCACUGGGUGGGAUAGGAAAAGGAAGGGGUAAACAAGAAAAAAAACGACCACUAGUACUAGUAGACGUAAAUAGUAGCAGUAGUAGUAGUAGCAGCAGCAGAAGCAUUAGUUUUUAGCAUCAACACGGGAUUGCGAGUGAGAGACACACACACAAGGAAAAAGGGAAGGAGAGGAAGAGAGUUGCAAAAUGCAAAAGCGAACAUUAAGGCGCUUAGUUUUGUACGCCCCAUUUCCGAAGGGACCUUUACGAAACCUCGCCUUUAAAGAGAUCGGCAGUGAUCAGCUUUUUACGGGCCGUGUGCUGGAUACGUUAUCCAUUUCCGAAUCGUUAAUAAACCCAUAGAAGAAGAAAAAAACGAAACGAAAAACGAAAUCCGUUUAAAGGUAGUAAAAGAAAACUAUAAAAAAAUCGUACCACUCCCGCCUUCACCGCUAAGGAUAAAAGGGAAAGUCAUUCACGAAAAGUCAUCACCGUCCGGGGUAGAAGAAGGAAAACAAAAAAAAACACAAACGGGCAGGUGUAUGCACGGAAACGAAGAUCAACACAUCCGUAAUGGGAGAACCCGGAAAACCUUACCUUUAAGGGUCACCGAAUGAUAAUAAUGUUGUUUUGUGUGUGUGAGUUUGCGUGUGCGACCUGCGUGUGUACCUUUUCUGUAAAGGUUGAAUGUCUUUCAUUUGUUAAUCGUUUGUUUAUCACAUGGUCAAAUAUUUAACACACUGGGCAGAAGUACGAGUGGGACGAUAGAGAGGCGCUGGAUGAGGCGGAUAUGAAACGGUGGAGGUGGAAAAAGUUUGCAGAAGAAUCAACACCAGAUUUGGUAUGAAAGUACGAAUAGAAUGUGAAUCACAAUACAAGAAAGACUUUGUAACACACUGCAGAAGUGACGUGGCGUGGAAAGAAUAUCCGCCUACAUUAACAAACCUAAUUUGAAUCCACCAUCGUAUGAAUCGAACAAACAGCAACAGAAACAUAUUACACACAUCUUACGCUCCCCCCCCGGUAUAAAGGAAGCUAUAUUAGUUGCUCGUGUACACACGUGCGAUGUAUUUCUUUUUUCGUUUUUUUUUUUAGUGGAAUUGAGCUUUAAAAAAGCAUUACUUGUUAAAUCAUCAAAGGAUCGGGGUUGCCAGAAGGGGAAAACAAAUGAGCCGGGAAUGUUAUGAAGGGAAAAUUUGCCAGAAUGUUUGUACCGCGUUUUGGGUUGCGUGAAACACGUGUUUAGUUUUGACUGACAAAUAGUGUUUGAGCAGUAGCGUUUAUGAAUUUUUGCAAGUUACUUGAUGCCGUAUGCAGCAGAUCAGAACAGAAGAAAAGAAACAAAAAAGCAACAAAACUAAGUAAAAUAAAGUAUAUUGCUGCACCACAAA